GCCCCGGGCCCGGCUGAGGGCAGAGCCCGGCGGGAAGGCUCUGCCCCGGGCACGGCGUGGUUAGCACCCGCAGGGGCCCAGAAACACCGCAGCGGCAGAGACGGAGGAAAGGGCGGACCGCGGAAGGCCUCCGCUGCUCUCCCACCGGUGGGAGGCGAGGAACGGCGGAGCGGCACCGCGCGGACCGGUCCGUAGCCGGGGGCAGCGGCAGCGGGUGCCGGCGGGGUGACGCGGCCCGGCGCUCCAGGUGUGCCAAAAUGUCAGAAAGAUCAGAUAUUCUUCACUUCAAGUUUGACAAUUACGGCGAUUCGAUGUUACAGAAAAUGAACAAACUGAGAGAAGAAAACAAAUUUUGUGAUGUUGUCGUCCAUAUAGAUGAUGUUGAAGUUCAUGGGCAUAAAAUUGUAUUUGCUGCUGGCUCUCCCUUUUUGAGAGAUCAGUUCUUAUUAAAUGACUCUAGAGAUGUAAAAAUCUCUAUCCUGCAAAGUUCGGAAGUAGGGAGGCAGUUGCUUUUGUCUUGUUACAGCGGCGUUCUGGAGUUUCCUGAAAUGGAGCUGGUGAACUACUUAACUGCUGCGAGCUUUCUGCAGAUGAGCCACAUUGUUGAACGAUGUACACAGGCACUCUGGAAGUUCAUAAAACCGAAGCAGCCAUUGGAGAGCAAAGAGUGUGAACAGCAAAGUGACUCCUCUGAGCUGAAGGACCACGGGGAAGAUGAAGACUCUCUGCCACAAGAUUCACCUUGUAUUCAACCUUCAGAAGACAGUAUGGACAUGGAGGAUAGUGAUAUUCAGAUUAUCAAGGUGGAGUCCAUUGGGGAGGUAACAGAAGUUAGGAAUAAAAAGGAUCAGAACCAGUUUAUUUCUUCUGAACAAACUGCACUGCAUUCCUCUGAACCUCAACACUUUCUAAUCAACUCCACCGUUGAAAACAGAGCAAGUGAAAUAGAGCAAAACCACCUCCACAAUUAUGCCCUUUCAUAUGCUGGCAGUGAUAACAUCAUUCUGGCCUCUAAAGAUAUGUUUGGGUCUAACAACCGUGGUAUAGACAAAGGCCUCCAGUGGCACCAUCAGUGUCCAAAGUGCACAAGAGUAUUUCGGCAUCUAGAAAACUAUGCUAAUCACUUAAAGAUGCAUAAACUAUUCAUGUGUCUCCUCUGUGGCAAGACAUUCACUCAGAAGGGCAAUCUCCACCGGCACAUGAGAGUGCAUGCAGGCAUCAAACCGUUCCAAUGUAAGAUCUGUGGGAAAACCUUCUCUCAGAAAUGUUCCUUACAGGACCAUCUCAACCUGCACAGUGGGGACAAGCCCCAUAAGUGUAACUACUGUGACAUGGUUUUUGCGCAUAAGCCCGUUCUGAGGAAACAUCUUAAACAGCUACAUGGUAAAAAUAGCUUUGACAAUGCCAAUGAAAGAAAUGUUCAAGACAUAACGGUGGACUUCGAUUCAUUCACAUGUAGCGCUGCUACAGACAGUAAGGUCUGUCAGCAGGCUGAUGGAAGCCAGGUACUGGAUGCAGGGAAGCUGCCUCAGGCUGUGCUCAGUUUAAGAAAUGAUAGUACCUGUGUCAAUUAAGCAAUUAAAAACAGCCCUUUGUAGGGAUCAUGACUGAGAGGAGCAAACAGUUGGCUUGGGCUCUUACCUAAACUAGUGGUAUGCUCUGAAAGGCUUCUGAUGGAGGGUUAGAUUGCAAAACCUGGCAGGUCUUCAGCCAUCGUUCUUAGUCUUACUUGAUAUUUUCUGUGAAUAACAAUCUUCCUUCAGGUUUCUGUCUGUGUCUCUACUGUGGACUAAGGGGUUAAUUGUUUCAUUUCUCUCUGAUUAGGAGACUCAAGACUAACACCUUUUGAGAGACUGUUGCUGUGUGCUGCAAGUAAACCAUCUGCUGUACAGUUAGAGGCUUCUCUGUGUCUGGGCAGAUGGAGGAAAGAGCAAAGAGGACAAGUGUGAGAUAACCCAAUUGUUAUUUUAUAAAGCACUGGAUCACUGAAAGCACUCCAUAUAGUGCUAAUUUGUUUUAAACUUACCUCUUAACAUUAUUUUUGUCUGAUCUUACCCCUAGAUCCCUACCGUUGAAAUGAAGUAUAUUUGUGUCACUUUUUUCCCUUUCUAAACUACUUCAAGAAAUUUCAGCUGCCAAUUAACACUAUCUUAAAAGCUCUCAGGGUUUUUAAUGUUGGCAUGCAUUAUGAAAAGGUGAAGCCCUGAAUGAUUUGGCAGGGUUAGUUGAUCACUGCAUAGAACUGUUCAAAAUGAGAGUAGGUUGCAGCUCUGGAAUGUGUGAGCUCGGCACCUGGAGUGCCAGGUAUGACCUGUUUCAUAAGCUGUCAUACACAGAAGUAUAUAAUGGCACUUACCAUUGUAUGUACUGAUUCAAGGUAAGCACUUCAAAACUAGAGGUUGUCAUCUAUCUUCCAUAAAUUUUGUUGCAAAUAACCACAACAGUUGCUACUUUCCUAAUUGGUUUUAGAGCAAAGCUGGAGUGGAAAAACACUGCUUUUUGACACUGUGAAAAGAAUCUGUUUUAAAAGCUGCAAUGUAUAGUAACUCCAUGCUUUUUUUUUCCCCCUUAACUCUUGUAUAUGUCUCCUUGAUAACUAAUAAGGGCCGCAUGUCAGUUGAUAUGGAAAAAAAAAAAAGUACCUACCAUAGGUAGGUAAGAACAUUAACAACAUGAAGUUUUUUGAUUUCUUGGGUACUGAAAGGACAUUUUUUCUUUAAAGUGACCCACAUAAUUCAUGCCCAUUAGCAUUUUACAGAGCAUAAGAUGAGAUAUAGGUAGCAUAAUUUCCGUAGGUUAGUUUAUCAGCUAUUGACUGUACUCAGCAAUACCUCAUGUAUACCGCCUUAAACAUCAAAUGUUGUGGGAAUGGCAUAUUAGUUGGGGUUUUGGGACUAUACUAUAUUACUUCACAAAAGUGCCAUGGAAUUACCCACAUCCCAAUCAGGCUGAAAGAAACAAAUUUCUCAUCUGUUAAACACCAUUCCCAGUAGAACAGCAUUCUUAUAUUGAAGUGUAGCACAGAAUAAUAAUCAAGUGGCUGAUCCUUGUUAGAGAACUGCUGUUUAUGUUUGGAAUAAUUAUUUCUUCCAAUGCAGCUCUUUUCCUCAAGGUUUGCCAUGAGGCUGAGAUUAUGCUUCCUACCUAAAAGUAGUAUUGUUUGUGUGUUUGAAUGAGGGGAUAGGGUAGGGGGGAGGCUGCUAUUGUAUGGUUAAAAAUGCUCAACAGGUAUGACCAAAGGUGUGUUAGAGCAAAAAAAUGUUUUGUAUGUAAUUAUCAAAAGUUGGUCUUGGUCUUCAGAUACGUGUAUGUAGAAACCAGGAUUUCCUUAUGCAGACUUGACACUGAUGAAUGGUAAAAAUGUGUUAAUCUUGCAGACCAUUUUCAGAAAUCCACAUACCUUCGAGUAGAAAAGCAAGGUGAUUCUGUGAAUCCGUUUUUGCAAUUGAGUUUUUGAACUACUGUACUUGACUGUUACAUUAACUAUUAUUACAUGGACAGCUAUGAAGUAAUAAGCAGUGGAAAUGGAGUUAGGGCAUUAUAUCUUUCAAGUUGUAGCAAAUAUAUUUAGGCCAAAAGUGUAACUUUUUGGAACUUCAAAAAAAAAAAAAAAAAAUCAGGUUCUUGGGGCAGAAAAGAGGUAGGCAUGGGAAGAAGAACUUUUUCCUCCUAAGUAACCUGCUUUCAGAAUAACUUUGAGCUAAAAGAGAUCAUGACAGUUGCGUCUGACACUUGCAUUCUGACUUUGGGCAGAAUCUUCUGCAUUGUUAAAAAAGUUUUUAUAAUGUUAUUCAUUACGUGGAAAUAAGUUAUAGCUCUGAUGUCAAAAAGAAGAUAGAUGUGGAGAUUAAGAACUUUGCUGAGCCAGAACAACAUGCUGUAAGGGAUUAGUGGAAAAUCUAACUAUAUACGAAUAUGGACAUUAUAAAGAAAAUGGUCUUCUGCCAGAGAAAGGAAUAAAACUGUACAAAUGCCAAGAAAAUUGAUGUUAUUAAGAGGUCUGUCUGGGAAGUUUCUUCAUGGAAUUUCAAAGCUUUAAUGUUAUUGCAAGGACGUUACAGCUUGUUGAAGUAGCCAUUGGUGACCUGAAGCUGAAACGAAGAGAUGAGAGGUUAUCUUAAGAAACUAAAAAAUGAUUUGAUCAAGAUAUAUGGGUUUUCUGUCCACCCUGCACUGUGGUGAUACCAACUUCUGAGACGGCCGAGACUGCUGGCUACUUGUUUAAAAGGUUGCUUGUGACCAUUUGGUAAGAUCAUGGCAGAAAAAAAUAGGAAAAAGCAGAAAUGCAGAAGACUGCUUCUUCAGUGAAAAUGAAACACAUCUGUUGGAUGAAAGGUGACUUAUAAAUGUCUGUGCUUUUGGCCUGGCAAAUGGAUACAGACCAGAAGAGUUAUGCAGGAGACAGCUAUGUUAAUCCAGAAGCAGUGGAGAUCUAAGAGGGCAAUGUGCUGAUGAGCGCAAUGUGAGGUGCUCUGAUAGAUUUCAUGUAAGAUUUGCCCCUAUAUGGAACAGAGAAGUUAAGAGUAUAAAAGUGGUAUUGGAAAAGCAAAACCUGGGUACUGCCUCUUCCCUGGAUUAGAUUAAAAUGGAGUGAGAAUUACUAUAAAGAGAAUAUACAGAGGCAGCUUGAUUUUAGAGUAAGUUGAACUUAAUUGUCCAUGUAUGUAAAAUGUUGUCUUCAUUGCAUUGUUCCAGUUAGUGAAAGACUAGAUCCAGUGGUCGUUGCUGCUGAUGCUGCAUAUUCAGAUAAGGACUAUGGCAGUUAUCAUAAUCUGUGUGUUAAUGUGUAGAAUACUAUUUGCUGGUAAGUGGAUAGUCUCACAACUUAAUGUGCUGUACAACGUCCUGCAUAUCCUAAAAAUAACUGGUCUACUACAAAAAUAUUUUAAUAACUUCUUGAAUAUAUUAGGAUUUUUAUGUUGGCAUUUUAUUUAUUUGAUAUAGAAUUCUUAGAACUCUUAGAUUUACGAGGUUGGGGCUCACCACCUCGCUGAGUGGUGGUAGCUCGUGUAGCAUGUCUUCCUGCAGAACGUGGUGCAGCUGCACAGCCUCCUGCAGAGAUCAGGGAUGAGUCUUUCCUUAUUUUUUCGUUUAGAGGGUCUGUUUUGCAAGUCCAUAACUGAUAUGAUUGAAGUGUCAGCCUUUCUCCCCUGGCUUUUUGGCAAAACCGAUAGCUGCCACUGAACUCUUGAAGGAACUUAAUGCUUCCAUGGGGCUGGUUGUGGUUCUGGAGCCAUUGGGAGGAAUAAAGGCAAGGAGGGAGAAUCAGAGCGUGAGACCAGCUGAAACCGUGGAAAUGACUGGGAGCUCGCGUUAGACCGUGAUUUUGAGAAGAAGGAGGUGAACUGCCGGCUCUCGUCACUCACUGAAUGAGCGCUUUCCCGUGGGCCUACAGCCGACGGACCGAGCAUCAGCUACCUCUCCAGAGACUGGGCGGGAGGCUCAUCCCGAGCGUUACCAAAGCAGGCUGGGGGGGCCGGGCCCGGCGGCAGGAGCCGGCGCUGCCCGUUCCUCUCGGCCGCCCCGGGGCGGGCCGGGGCCCUGCGCCGCUGCCCUCCCGAGCGCCUUACGGGGCGGCGGGGCCACUGCGUUGCUACCUCUCCCGGACGGGUGGCGCCGUGCCGCUGUAGCAGUGCCAAGUCUUGUAAUAAACGUGCUGCUAACUCUG